GCACAGCAGUGCUGCUCCUAGCGUCCGCGACCUGACAGCACAGCAGUCACCUUCCAACCUCUGCGCCUCUCUCCUCCGCUUCAGUCGCAGUUAUUUUCUUUUUUGUCGGUCGGAGAGGAGAGGGGAAGGGGGGGUGGGGCGGAGAACCAGCAUCCGAGGAGUUUUCGCAACACCGGUUGUUGGAUUGGAGCGUUUUGGGGUUUGGGCUAUAUACAAACAAACCCACUAGAGAGAGUCUGUGUACGCGGUCGCGUCUCCGAUUCACAGAGGUUCUGCCGUGCGUCCCGGGGAUGAGGUUGGUGGCGCGCAACCGACACAGCGUUGACGGGAUCCCGGUGUGUCUGAAGAAACCGCCCCAGUGAGGGACGAGGACGUGGGGAGUGUGAGAGAGAGAGGGAUAGAGCGAGAGAGAGCCGCGGGGAACCGGUGUCGGCCGCGGGACGCUAUCAUUCCGGCCAGGAUGCAUCUCUUCAGUGCCAUGUUCCUACUCGUGAUGUUGGCCGCCGUGCCCUGCGAGGCUCUGUACCCGAGCCCGGAGGAGGGCUGGCAGAUCUACAGCUCGGCACAGGACGCAGAUGGGAAGUGUGUCUGCACCGUGGUCGCACCGGCCCAGAACAUGUGUAACCGGGACCCACGCAGCAGACAGCUUCGUCAGCUGAUGGAGAAGGUUCAGAACAUCAGCCAGUCAAUGGAGGUGCUGGACCUGCGGACAUACAGAGACCUGCAGUACGUGAGGAACACCGAGAGUCUGAUGAAGGUGGUGGACGGGAAGCUGAAGGUGGCUUCUGACAAUCCCCGCAGUCUCAAUCCAAAGGGUUUUCAGGAGUUAAAGGACAAGGUCACCCAGCUGCUCCCCUUGCUGCCAGUGCUGGAACAGUACAAGGCGGACGCCAAGAUGAUCCUGCGUCUUCGGGAGGAGGUGAGAAAUCUGUCUCUGGUGCUGAUGGCCAUCCAGGAAGAGAUGGGGGCCUACGAUUAUGAGGAGCUACGCCAUAGAGUCCUGCUGCUGGAGACCAGGCUCCACUCGUGCAUGCAGAAACUAGGCUGUGGCAAACUCACUGGCGUCAGUAAUCCCAUCACAGUACGAGCAUCGGGGUCAAGGUUUGGCUUCUGGAUGACAGACACUAUGAUCCCCAGCUCAGACAACAGAGUCUGGUCCAUGGACGGUUACUUCAAGGGACGUCGUGUCCUGGAAUACCGCACAAUGAAUGAUUUCAUGAAGGGCCAGAACUUUGUGCAGCACCUGCUGCCUCACCCCUGGGCCGGCACUGGCCACGUGGUUUACAACGGCUCGCUGUACUACAACAAGUACCAGAGCAACAUCAUCAUCAAGUACCACUUCCGCUCUCGGAGUGUGCUGGUGCAGCGCAGCCUGAGUGGGGCCGGAUAUAACAACACCUUUCCCUACUCCUGGGGUGGCUCCUCCGACAUCGACCUCAUGGCGGAUGAAAAUGGCCUGUGGGCCGUUUAUACCACCAUCCCCAACGCUGGGAACAUUGUCAUCAGCCGCCUGGAGCCGCAGAGUCUGGAAGUGCUGCAGACGUGGGACACAGGUUUUCCCAAGCGCAGUGCUGGAGAGUCCUUCAUGAUCUGCGGUACACUCUACGUCACCAACUCCCAUCUGGCUGGUGCCAAGAUCUACUUUGCCUACUACACCAACACGUCGAGCUACGAGUACACGGACAUCCCCUUCCACAAUCAAUACUCCCACAUCUCCAUGAUGGACUACAACCCCAGGGAGAGGGUCCUGUACACCUGGAACAACGGACACCAGGUGCUCUACAAUGUCACACUGUUCCAGGUUAUUAAGACUUCUGGUGACUGAGAACCCUCAGACUGACCCACUCAAAUAAUGCUGUGAUCAAUGUUCGGGAGGGCUGGGGGACACAGGUGGAGGUGGGGUACUAGCGGGUGGUGUGGGUUGAAGGGGGGGGUUCAAUGUAUGGGCAUAGAAUUGGAUUUUUUUUAAAGAAUUUCAAUCUUUAUUGAGUGCUAUUAUUCACAUUCUCAUAAACCAUUCCGACAGCAAGGUCCGUAAACAUACAAAGACUGAGCGCUUCUCUUUUUGUUUUGGUUCUGUGGUGAGUAAGCAUGGUUCUUUUUAUUUGU